AUGUCCAAAUCGACGAAUCCUCAGAGCUUGAACCCACUCCCAAGUCUUGCGAGGGAUGACGAUGGCCUCGACCAGCACAAGGAACACGAUCCGGGCCCUUGCUACUUCCCAUCGUUGGGCGACGACCAUGCGCCUGGAUCCGGUGAAUGGCUCCAAACACGCGCGCCAGUGCCAGUAAUCCAGCAGCCGGAGUUGAGGCAACUCUGCCAGACCGUCGAUGCGACAGUUCCCGCCGUGCUCCUCGGGGCAUGGGCCUUGGUCCUGCGCGCAUACACGGCGACCGACGCCGUCUCUUUCGGCUUUGUCGAGGAGCCGGUCACGCAACCAUCAAUCUGCAUUUUGAAUAUGCCAGAGGACCUCGCACCGGGGGAGUUGGUUCAGCAGGCUCAAGGCGAGUGGGUGCGACUGCGGCAGGUUCGCUCUUGCGCUUUGACUGGCUGCGGGCACUCUGCGCGGAGCGCUGGCACGACGCCGUUUAAUACAUGUUUGGCGUUUGUAUCUUCUCUCUCUGAUGGGGUGAAAAGGGAGCGUAGGAUGGUGGAAGGGUGGAUUUACGAUGUUCCAAAUAAGCACGGCCUGCUCUUGGAGAUUGACGCUCAAAGGGCGGAGGCAGCGCUCUCUUGCAAAACUUCGAUGCUCACUCAGGACCAGGCGGCGGGGGUUCUGGAGACAUUUUGCGUCGCCGUGGCGCGUCUCAUGCAAGACCGAAAUUCCAGUCUUCGCGGCCAAUCUCUCCUCGGGGAUUGUGACCGAGAGAGGAUCUACGCGUGGAAUGCCGUCGCACCGGAGCAGACCAGCCAGUGUAUCCAUGAGCUGAUCCAAGCGCGGUGUGUGCGACAGCCCGAGAGGCCCGCCGUCUGUGCCUGGGAUGGCGACUUCACCUACCGGCAGCUCUCGCGUCUGUCGGCGGACCUCGCCGCGCACUUGGUGAGCGCAGGAGUAGGCCCCGAGGUGUUUGUGCCCAUCUGCUUGGAGAAGUCCCGGUGGGUGGCAGUGGCCAUGCUCGCGGUCAUGCAGGCUGGCGGUGCGAUGGUGCUGCUGGACGUCUCUCAUCCUCCGGCUCGUCUGCAGCAGAUUUGUCGGGAGGUAUCUGCUCAGGUGGUGCUGACAUCGCCCGAGUCUGCGGCUGUGGCUCGCGCGUUGGCCCCUCAGGUGGUUGUGCUCGGGGAUGUCCAGCAACCCGCAGAGCAGCCGGACAGCAAGAAGCCUGGGCUUUCUGAGUCCGUCACCCCGGACAGCGCGCUGUAUGCGGUCUUCACCUCUGGUUCGACGGGAACCCCCAAGGGCGUGAUCAUUGAACAUGCCACUUUCUACGCCAGCGUGCGGCCUUACACCCAGGCCCUGCUUCUUAAUGAGGACUCCCGCGUCUUCCAGUUUGCUUCCUACGCCUUCGAUGUGACUAUCUUCGACACCCUGAUUACCCUCAUUGCAGGGGGGUGUGUCUGCAUUCCCUCCGACACAGACCGAUGGAGCGAUAUGGCUAGAACGAUCGAACGAUUCCAGGUGAACCACGUUUCUAUCACGCCCACGGUGGCCCGACUCUUGUAUCCCCACGAGGUUCCGACGUUGAAGACCCUGGCCCUUGGAGGCGAAAGCUUGUCAGCCGCUGACUUGGCGCGAUGGACGGACCAUGUCCAUGUCAUCAACCUGUACGGAGCAUCUGAGUGUCCGAUCAUCUCGCUCCGGCGCCGGCCACGAGGAGACCCCGGGGCGGGCGAGGUCGCCUACUCGACCGGGAGUGCCAGCUGGAUCGUCGAUCCGCAGGACCAUGAGACCCUGAUGCCCAUCGGGGCAGUUGGGGAGCUGUUGGUGGAGGGUCCCAUUGUCGGCCGUGGGUACUUGAACAACCCCGAUGCCACAACACAGUCUUUUAUUCCCAUGCCAUCCUGGAUGCGCCAGUUUCGUGGGUACAAGGAGCACCAGGGUCGUCGGAUCUACAAAGUCGGGGAUCUGGUUGCGUACAAGGCCGACGGCUCGUUGCGAUUUGUGGGACGAAAGGACACGCAGGUCAAGUUGCGCGGCCAGCGCAUCGAACUCAACGAGGUCCAGCAUCAUCUGCGUCAAUGCUUCCCGGAAGCAGCGGAUGUGGUGGCCGAGGUGGUCACGCCGGCGCGAGAGCAACGACCGCCAAUGCUCGUCGCUUUCAUCGCCCAAGCACAAAGUGACAGCACAACACAGCCCCCUGCUGCACUCCUCGCAGAGCCCACCGGCGAGUUUCUCGGCCAGAGUGAGAGGGCGCGGUCUCACAUGCAGCUUGCCUUGCCUCCUUAUAUGGUGCCCGCCGUCUUCCUUCCGCUGCGCGCUCUUCCGCUGACGGGAACAAGCAAAACAGAUCGAAGGCGACUGCGGGAACUGGCCGGCGCUUUAACGCAGAGAGAGCAGGAGCGGUUCCAGCUAGGGCUGGCUCGUCGUCGACCACCAGCAACCGAUAUGGAGAAGGCGGUGCAGCGGUAUUUCUCGGCAGUCUUACACAUACCUGGAGAGGAGAUUGGGGCGGACGAUCAUUUCUUUCGUCGCGGGGGAAGCUCACUUUCAGCCAUGGAACUGGUUGCUGCAGCCCGCAGGGAUAAGCACAGGAUUACCGUCAAAGAGAUCUUUGACCACCCCCGCUUGUGGGAAAUUGCCUCGAUCCUCCAGUCAGGAUCGGAUUGGACGGAUUCCGUUCCCCAGCCCUUUUCUCUGCUGGGGCCGAUAGACGUACAACAUGUUAUCAGGGUAAGUGCCGCCCAAUGCUCGGUUGAUCCGGAUGCCAUUGAGGACAUUUACCCCUGCACGCCGCUGCAAGAAGGUCUUAUGGCCUUGUCCAUGCAGGGCUUGGGCCCGUCAUUCGUCACCGAGGUCGCAUUGGCGGUUCCUGCAGGUCUGAACCUCGAGCGACUCGAGCUUGCGUGGGGGAGGUUGGCACAGGCCAGUCCGAUUCUCAGGACUAGGAUCGUCGUAUCAGAUACCAUCCAUGGGAUGCUGCAGGUUGUGGUUCGGGAGCGGAUUAGCUGGACCAAGCAAGUAGAAGCUGCACCAGCACCUGGACUGACAGCAGUUCUGGGCGGCCCUUUGGUGCACCUUGCAAUCUGUCGAGCCGAAGAAAGCCCUGAUGUAAGUCAUCAGUUGGUGAUACACAUGCACCAUGCUGUGUAUGAUGGAUGGACGCUCCCGUUGUUACUCCAGGGCUUCAAAGACGCAUACAAUGAGCUCUCCCUUCCAGCUCGACCGUUCACUCCAUUCAUCCAGUAUAUAACCAGCACGCAAGGCCAAGAUGCAUACUGGAAAACCAUGACAAACGGUUUUCGGGAAGCAGCAUUUCCCCCACUGCCCUCCGCCACCUACCAUCCCGUCCCUAAAGCCGCCAUCUCAACCAGCGCAACCAUCCCCCCGCCAGGCGACCGAGCCUUCACUAGCAGCACCUAUAUCAGCCUCGCGUGGUCGCUGACCCAAGCGCAGUUGCAAGGCAGCCACGACAUCGCCUUCGGGGCCGUCCGGUCAGGUCGCAAUGCGCCGGUGCCGGGAAUCGAGAACCUGACGGCGCCAACCAUCGCGACGGUGCCCUCGCGAGUCGUCCUCACCCGGGAGGACCGCAUCGCGCACGCCCUCCAGAAGCUCCAGAAAGACACGAUCGACGGGAUCCCCUUCGAACAAACCGGCCUGCAGAACAUUCGUCGGCUCGGGCCCGAUGCGGCGCGCGCGUGCGCCUUUCAGACUCUCCUCGUCGUGCAACCGGAGCGACCUCCGUCGGCCGAUGAUUCCUUUCUGCGUGAACUGACGUCGUCGAACGACGACCACCUUGCCUGGGUGACGUACUGCCUGACAGUCAUCUGUCAGUAUGACGGGGAUGCACUCCGCGUGGAGGCGGUAUUCGACGACCAGGUGGUGCCAGAGCACCAGAUGCAGGCGAUUCUGGCGCAGUUCGUCCGGAUCCUCCGCCGGCUUCACGAGGACCCUGCGGUCUCUAUCGGCGAGAUGCUACAGUUUGCCCCGGAGAUGGUCUCGUGCUUUGGGCAAGAGGAGGAGCGCAGUGCGUUCUGGAAUGAGGAGUUCGGCGAUGGAGACGAGAUGCCGACGUUCCCGCGCCUGCCUUCGACCUCCUAUGUCCCAGUCUUGGAUCAGCAAUUGCAGCAUUCCUUCGCUGAUAAUCUGGAGGCUCCAGGGCCUUACGCCACUGAGGCGGCGCGUUAUCUUGCUUCGUGUGAUACUGUCUUUGGUGCUGCGUUGAACGGGCCUGUACUGCCGUUCAGGGUGCGGACUCUUCAAGGUGAGGCCGUAGGAGAAUAUCUGGAUGUCAUCCGGAGCCGCUUGCAGAAGAUAUUUGCCCGUCAAAGCGAGGACUGCCAGGUCAUUGCUUGCGCUGGUCCAGGUCCGGCCGCAGCAUGCGGGUUCCAGAGUCUCCUGGCGAUGCGGCGUGGGCUCAGCACCGACGUACCGCUCUGCGGAGAUGGCCGCACCAGGGCUCUAGUUAUCGAGAUCGCAAGCAAUACUACUAGUACCACCGUCCACGCGCGGUUCGAUUCCAACGUCAUCAGCGUGGAGUCGGUCAAGCGCAUGCUGCAGCAGUUCGAGCAUGUCGCGUUGCAGCUGUCCGCCAACCGGACGAUCGCGGUCAAGGACGUCGAACUAGCCAGUCCGCGCGACAAAGAUGACAUCUAUCGCUGGAAUAGCCGGAUUGAUGAGCGCAGUGAGACGACAGUGCACGCGCUGAUUGAGGCGCGAACUGUGCAACAGCCCGACGCGCAGGCUGUCUGCUCGUGGGACGGCGAGAUGACCUACGCCCAACUCGACCAGGUUUCCUCCAAGCUGGCCGCAUACCUGAUAAAUCUCGGCGUCGGGUGUGAGACGUACAUUCCUCUCUGCUUCGAGAAGUCCCUCUGGACCAUUGUGGCCAUGGUGGCCGUGCUGAAGGCUGGCGCCGCGUUCGUCCCACUCGAUGCUUCCGCCCCGGAGAACCGACUGCGAACCAUGAUACAAACGGUCCAAGCCACCACUCUGCUGUGCUCCCGAGCCCAGUACGACAGAUACCCGAGCCUGGCCCCGACAACCAUUGUCCUGGAUGCGUCCUGGGAGCGCUGGCUGGCAGACCAGCCUCCGCGGCUCUCGUCAACCGUCUCACCCGGCAAUGCGGCGUAUGUGAUCUUCACCUCCGGCAGCACCGGGACCCCCAAGGGCAUCGUGAUUGAACACGGGGCCUUCUGCACCGCGGCACUGGCGCACCGAGCCGGGCUCGCGCUGGGGAGGAACCGCGUGCUUCAAUUCUCCUCGUACGCCUUCGACGUCAGCCUCGGGGAGAUCCUAUGCACGCUGGUCCACGGCGGCGCAGUCUGCGUCCCCUCCGACCAGGAGCGGGCGGAUGAUAUCGCCGCCGCCAUCAACCGCAUGGAGGUGGAUUACGCAUUCCUGACACCCUCCUUCGCCAGCACCGUGGAUCCGUCCUCAGUGCCGACCCUGCGCACCCUCUGUCUGGCAGGAGAGCCUAUGACGACGACGACGCUGGAGACGUGGGCCAGCCACGUCCGUCUGAUCAACGGCUACGGUCCCGCCGAGUGUUGCGUGAUCAGCGCCUCCAACCGCUACGUCACCGUGGUAUCCCAUCCCGCGAACAUCGGCACCGCCGUCGGGGGCGCGUGCUGGGUCGUGGACCCCGAGAAUGACCAGAUUCUCGCCCCGGUGGGGGCCGUUGGGGAGCUGUUAAUCGAGGGUGCCAACCUUGCGCGCUGCUAUAUCAACCAGCCCGAGCUGACGCAGCGAGCAUUCAUCCCCCGUCCCAGGUGGAUGCCCUUUUCCCGCUGCAACCGCCUCUACAAAACCGGGGAUCUCGUCCGGUACCAGGAGGACGGGUCGCUGGUGUUUGUAGCGCGCAAAGAUACCCAGGUGAAGAUUCGGGGGCAGCGGGUCGAGCUCGGCGAGAUUGAGCAUCAGAUUAUGCUAGUCGCCGGAGGUGGUGCUGGUGUGUCAGCGGUCGUCGUGGCUUGUCCUACCACUGGCGGACCGUUUGCCCGGCGGCUUGUCGCGGUGUUGGAGUCGUCGUCGUUGGCUGCCCAAGGAGAAACAUCGCAGGGCACGGUCUUGGCCCCUGUUCCCAUGCGCCAACUUGCGACUGUGGGGGUGGAUGUAGCUGCGAUCACGCACAAGAUCCGGAAUGUCCUCCCCAGCUACAUGGUACCUGACCACUUCAUCACUGUGGAACGCCUCCCAAGGUCGUUGUCGGCCAAACUGGACCGCAAACGAGUUCAAUCCUGGCUGAUGCAGCCGCCUUCCGAGGUUUUACCGCGCUGGGGCGGCGAGGCGAAGAGUGAAGUUGGGAAUGCGCUCGGCACAGACGAGACAGUCGCGCACGCAAUCAGCUACAAGAUUGUUGGCUUGUCGGAACGUGACAGCGGCGUUUCCCCUGUGCAGCGAGGCCACGACUUCCCCAUCGCCGCCGCUGGCCUGGAUUCCAUUCAACUGACCAGCUUGGUCGGAUUCUUGAGACAGACGUAUGCGGUGAAUCUCACUGUCCGUACGUUGCUGGACGGGACAGCCACGGUGCGCUCCCUUGCAGCGCUUGUCGCGGGAGAUACUACAUCCGACACGCAGAAGCCGCAGUCAAUCGACCUGACCGGCGAGGUUGCGCGGCUGGUUCAGACUGUGGACCGUGACUUGGCCCUAGCCCAACCCUUACCUGUGCCACGAGCACAAGGUCGAGUGGUCUUCCUGACCGGGUGUACUAGCCUUCUCGGCACCGAGAUCCUGCACCAACUAUGCGAGAGCGACGAGGUCCGCCGCGUUAUUGUGCAUGUCCGGGCGCGGACUGACGAGGAGGCGUCCACACGGUGCAGAGAGGCCGCCAGACGCGCGCGGUGGUGGUCCGAAGAGCGCCACGGCCCCAAGCUUGAAGCCUGGGCCGGGGAUCUCGGCCAACCGCGCUUAGGGCUCCGCAAUGAACAGUGGGCAUGCGUGAGCGGAAGUUCUCCCCCGUCGCCCCAGAGCCCUGACUCUACAGCAGUGAAUCCUCCCCUGCUCGUCGACGCCAUCAUCCACGCCGGCGCAGCAGUGAACUGGAACGCGGGCUACGAGCUCCUCCGCGCCGUCAACGUUGAUGCAACCGUCGACCUGAUCCGCGCGGCUCUCACCUCACCCGCCCGGCCGCAGCUGGUCUACGUCUCCGGCGGCCACACGUGGCAUCCGCACGAGACCGAGACCGCACUGGCUGACGCGGUAAUCCGCAGCGGCAGCGGAUACGGACAAAGCAAGUUCGUGGCGGAGAUGGUGGUUCGCCGCUUCGCCGGACCACGACUCUCCGUCGUCAAGCCCGGCCUCAUCAUCGGCACCCCGGAGGAAGGGGUCCCCAACGUCGACGACUACCUCUGGCGCCUCACCGCGGCCGCGGUGGGAGGGGAAUCGUACAGUGCCGAGGCGGCGCUGGACACAGGCAUGUUGUGGAUCACGUCCUCGGCGCGAGUAGCCGAGGCAAUCGUGCGGAACGCGCUCGCACCGGUCCCCUUGGACCGCGCAAUCACUUACAUAACCGAUGGCGUGGCCGUGGCCGAGUACUGGGACACCGUCAACGAGGCUCUUGGCAACAACACUCGUAGACUCACGCCAGUGCCGCAUGAGGAGUGGGUGUCGCGCGUGACGCGGGCCAUCGACGUGGACGGCCGCACCCAUCCCCUAUGGCCGGUGCGUGAGGUCUUUGAGGAGGUCAACGGUCGGUUGGGCGGUGCGAGGUUCUCGGACCUUGGCGUUGACCAUCACAAGUCACACGUCCGGGCGGCGAUUAGGAAGAACGUCGAGUUCUUGGUUAGAACGGGCGUGUUGGGCGCGGCAGAUCAAUCGCAUGGUCCUUCGACCGAUGAGGCGUUUCGUCGGGCUGGGCAGGUGUGGAGCUCGCACAGAACUGUCUAGGAUAUGUGUGCUCUUGUUCUAUGAGGGUGGAAGGUUUGAAUUGAACUGAGAUUAUAAAAGCAGAGGAUGCACGUAGAGCACGGCAGCCAAUUUCACAUCCAUCGUGUCUAGAUCUACCACGACACAUUGCUCCUGGUCUACCAAUACAAAUAGGUCUUGAUAAUUCCACAUUUCUCAAG